AUGACAGAGAUGAAAGAGAUGGAUAUUCAACCAAAUGUGGUAACUUUUGGGAUCCUUGUUAAUCAUAUGUGCAAGUCUCGGAGGGCCGAUGAGGCAUUGGGGUUUUUUGAGAAAAUGAAAGGAGUGAGUGAUGCUGGUGAAAUUGAGAGGGCACAAGAGGUCUUUGAUCAGAUGAACAAGGAAAGAGUAUUUCCUAAUGUAAUCACCCUUGAUCCUUUGGUUGAUGGUUUGUGCAGACACGGGAAGAUCAAUAGUGCAGUUCAGUUCUUCAAUGAAAUGCGAAGUGAAGGUCUGAAAGGCAAUGCUGUGACGUUUACAACCAUGAUUAAUGCUUUUUGUGAUGUUAACAAUAUUGAUAAAGCAAUGGAACUUUUCAAUCGAAUGAAGAACAAGUUGGAUAAAGCUUACGAGAUGCUCAAAGAAAUGGAGCAAGCUGGAGUUAAGCCUGAUAGUAUCACAUAUAACACCUUGAUUUCCCAUUUGACCUCAUGGACAGAAUGGCUGAACAGGAUGGCUGUAGAAUCUGGAGGAUGGGAUUAUUCAAAGUUUGGAAUGCAUCUGUUGCCAUACUCGAAAGAAAACACGAUGUAG